GGCUUCCCCGCGCCCGCACCCUGCGCGCCCGCCGGACACGCGCUCUUCCAAGACGUUUUCCGUAGAGCAGACAAGAAUGAUGACGGUAAGCUCUCAUUUGAGGAAUUCCAGAAUUACUUUGCUGAUGGGGUUCUCAGCCCAGGGGAGCUGCAGGAGCUGUUCAGUGGCAUUGAUGGGCAUUCCACCGACAAUUUGGAAACGGAGAAACUGUGUGACUACUUCUCAGAACACCUGGGAGUCUACCGGCCCGUGCUGGCUGCCCUGGAGUCGCUGAACCGUGCUGUGCUUACAGCCAUGGAUGCCACCAAGCUGGAAUAUGAGCAGGCCUCUAAAGUGGACCAGUUUGUGACACGUUUCCUGCUGCGGGAGACGGUGAGCCAGCUACAGGCCCUGCAGAGCUCGCUGGAGGGGGCAUCAGAUACUCUGGAGGCCCAGGCCCGGGGCGUGAGGUCAGGUGAAGAGAGUGUGAAGGCGCAGCACAGGCCCCGAGGCAGCCGGCGGGCAGGGCGUAGGGCCCUGCGGAGUGUCAGUUGGUCGCCCAGCUGGUCUCCAGGCUCCUCUGACCCAGGGGGUUGCUCAGAGGCUGAGAUGCAGUGGCGGCUCCAAGUCAAUCGGCUCCAGGAGCUGAUCGACCAGCUCGAGUGCAAGGCUCCCCGGCUGGAACCCUUGCGUGAAGAGGAGUUGACCCAGGAGCCCGACUCGCACAUCCUCGUGGCCCAGAGGCAGGUGCAAGUGGCAGAGGAAGCCUUGCCGGACUUCCACCGUGCCCUGUGCUGCUACGUGGACUUCACAGGAGCCCAGAGCCAUUGCCUUCAUGUGUCUGCCCGGAAGAGACUAGACAGUGCCUCCUUUACCCUGUAUGAGUUCUGGAAAGAUGAGGCCUCCUGGAGAAGGCACCAGCAGUCCGCGUGCAGUAAAGCCUUCCAGCGCAUUCUCAUCGACCACCUGCAGGCUCCAGACACCCUCACCACUGUGUUCUUCCCAGCCUCCUGGUGGAUUAUGAACAAAAACCGAACUUGACCUGCGUAAGACAAGAACUCGGGGACCCUGCCUGCCUCCUGGAACUUCUGGGCUGGUUGACUCGGCACCAAGACCGGAUGCUGCCUCUUAGACCUGGGGCCUGGCGCUCAGAGACCUCCACACCCAGCUGGAGGCGUCUCAGCCCAUGGGUCAGGGACUGGCUGCUUGCUUUCCAUUUCCAACUAGUGCAUUUUGUUGUGUGUAGCUUUGGCCUCUGCUUGGCUCAGCAGGCCUGGAUUCUGGUCCCCACGUGCCCCUGCUGUGUGGGCCCAUCCCUUCCCAGUCUGGGUGGGGCCCAGGCCCUCCGGCUGCCCAGUGAGCACCCUGCUUUCUUUUUGCUGUCUCGGUGCCAGGCUUCUGCUCUUCUUUAGCCAACAGCAGAAUGACGGCUGAUGCUCAGGGACACCCUCAUCUGAACUCUGACUUCUGGGACUGGACUGGGUCAUUCUGUGGUGUGGGGUAAGGACCAUGUCCCUGUUACGCACCUGGGCCAGCAGGCUUGACUGACUCUGCUAGACAUUUCUAACACCCGUCCUCUGGAGGCUCCUAGGUCGGUUUGCAUGUCAUUUGCAUAUCAUUUGCAUGCCUACCCAUACUCAGGGCAUGUGGAAACCCCAAGGUGACCUUGCCAAGUAGCAAUAAUUUGGGCCUAGAGUCACCUGCUGCCCCCAGAUACCUCUGAACCCAGCCCAGAGGCAAUAAAGGCAGUGCUCGCCUUU